CCCAAGCACCCAGUUGGUCAUUCAUUCGGUCAGUCAGUUCAGAGUGGGUCAAGCCACAACAGCAAACGUUCUCAUGGCUCUACGGACAGCCACAUCCUUUUACCUGUGUUUCCUGCUGGGAAUAAAUUGCUGGCAUGAUUUGGACAACACAGAGUACGAUUGUUGGCCGCUCAACGGUCCAAAUGAUUACAACAUGAUUAGCUGUGGUGGUCUGGAAAUGGCCUGGGUGCAGCGUCCUCCAGAGAAAAUAUCCAACGGGGAAGAGUUCAAUGUCUCGUACACGGUGACGGCCCCAGAUUCUUUCUACGAGUACGCAGUCAGGAACAAGAUUUUCCAGUUCAGCAAUGCGUCAGAGGCUAAGAGGUUCUGUCAUGAACACGAGUGCCCGGCAAACUGGAACAACGCCAAUGACAUGAACUGCUGCGUUUAUCACGCCAACAUUCACUCCUGUCCUCUUGGUCUUAUGAAAGAAGGAGGCAUCUGUGGCCCGUGGAUUCCUGACGAUGGUAAAAUCGUGACUCACACUGUCUCCCAAGCAGGCAAAAUGUCCCAGAAAUACUGGAAUUCAAAGGUGGUGUUGAUUCACGUGGGAGUCACCUCAGUCAUUGCUCAUGUCAAAAUUGGAGAGAUGCACGCAGCGCUGGAGUCCAAAGUGCUUGUUGUCAGUGCUCAAGUGUGCGGGGACGAUGUCUGCGAGGUGGAGGAGAACUGUCUGAACUGUCCUGCAGACUGUGGCAUCUGCCCCAUGUCCAUCGCCAUCAAGGUGGCCAUUGGGCUGCCUGUUGCUCUCUUCAGCAGCGGCUUCAUCCUAACCAUGGUGUGGAUCCAGUAUCAGAAGCAGAGGAUGCUUUGGGAUGAAAGCUGGAUCAUCAGUUACAAGAGCAUAAUAUUUGGUCGCAUGGGGCUCCUGGGCCUUGGCAGCACCAUGAGUCUGCAGCGCAUCAGGAGCAACUCCACCAUCAGUCAAACUACAGAGGUGACCGUGUGCACCGGAGUCAACACCUCCUUCAGACAAGACUUCAUCCAGCCAGGCCUCUAUGAUGGGAGGACAGUGGCAGUGAAGCACAUCCAAAAUAAACAUUUUACGCUCUGUAAAACCAUCAGGAAGGAGGUGAAAGAAGUGAGGCUGCUGGACCACCCGAAUCUAUGCAAGUUCAUUGGUGGUUCUAUCGAAGUUCCCUACGUCAGCAUCAUCACAGAGUACUGCCCCAAAGGAAGUCUGUCCGAUGUCCUGCUGAAUGAAGACAUCCCCAUCAACUGGGGCUUCAGGCUGUCAUUUGCCACUGAUAUCGCCCGCGGGAUGUCUUACCUCCACCAGCACAAGAUGUUUCAUGGGAGACUUCAUUCCAGAAACUGUGUAAUUGACGACCGCUGGGUGUGCAAAAUCUCAGAUUACGGGCUCACAGUCUUCAGACGGGAGGACUUUGAGGCCACCAGUAAUGGCUUUAAUUGUGGGAAUGUAAAUCAUUUAUACUGUGCCCCAGAGGUCGUGCUGGGAAGCAGCUCCAACAUGACGGUAGCAGCCGAUGUCUACAGCUACUCAAUUAUUCUGGUUGAGAUUGCAACUCGCUCUGACCUCAUUUCACACAAGGCUGAGGGAGUGAGCGUGGAUAUCGCAUGGCGCCCCCCUCUGCCUGAAGUCAAAGCAGGGAAAGCAGAUACUGACUGUCCCAGUCAAGAAGACUACUGUGAGCUUAUCAAGAAGUGCUGGAAUCAUAAUGUCACCACGAGGCCCACGUUUGAGCAAGUGAAGAAGAAUCUUGACAAAAUGAACCCACACAAAGUCAGCCCUGUGGACAUGAUGAUGAACCUGAUGGAGAAGUACAGCAAACAUCUGGAGGCUAUAGUUGCUGAGAGAACACAGGACCUUCUUCAAGAGAAACAGAAGACGGACAGGCUGUUAUACAGUAUGUUACCAAAACCAGUGGCUGAUGACCUUCGUCAGGGUCGAACGUCAGAGGCUCAGAGCUACUCCAACGCUACCGUCUACUUCAGUGACAUUGUGGGCUUCACUCAGCUGUCUGGUGCCAGCACUCCCCACCAAGUCGUGGACUUCCUCAACCAGCUCUACACCAGCUUUGAUGACAUUAUUGACAAUUACGACGUCUACAAAGUGGAGACAAUAGGCGAUGCAUACAUGGUGGUCUCUGGGGUCCCUCAACAAAAUGGCAUCAAUCAUGCCGGAGAGAUAGCCAGCAUGGCUCUUGAUCUGGUCAGUGUCUGCCACACUUUCAAGAUCCCUCACAAACCCAACACACAGCUGCAGAUACGCGCCGGCAUCCACUCAGGACCUGUUGUGGCCGGUGUGGUUGGCACCAAAAUGCCUCGCUACUGCCUGUUUGGGGACACUGUCAACACUGCGUCCCGCAUGGAAUCAACAAGUGAAGCACUGAAGAUCCAGGUGAGUGGUGCCACGGCCAACCUGCUUCACACACUCAGAGGUUACAUUCUGACCUGCAGAGGAACAUUUAAUGUUAAGGGAAAAGGAGACAUGACAACCUGGUGGCUUGAAGCAAAGAGAGACGACUUAACAGACCCACUGCUCAAUACAUCUGGUUCCUCAGGAUUCCCUGUUUCCGUUAGUGACUAGCUCUGGGUCAAGCUGAAAAUGUGAUCAUAACUGUAUAUGAACUGGUCAGGCAUUGUGUUGUGCAUUUUAAAUUGUCCAGUAAAGUAUAUUGAGAUUAAAUGUGCAGAAAUACUGAUACUAAAAGUUUACUAUGAAUUUAAUGUCAUACUGUACUGUAAAUCCAAUAGAUGUUACCAAUCAAGUGUUUAAAAGUGUUUGUCAUUAUCACGAUUCUAUUGUUGAUGAUUGUUAUGUGAUGAUGAAAAACCCUCUGAUAAUACCUUGCAGAAGUUACUAGAAAUGUCUCCACAAAAAAAGAAUUAUGCAGAGAAUCAUGCCAGAGUUGGGCAAAUGCUUUCUGUUUUAAAUUGCACAUUAUCAUUAUACUCAUAUUUAGCUUUAUUUUUAUUUUUGUAAUCUAGGGCACUGGAAAAUUAAAGGUAAAGGAGAUAUUCACUGCCUGAAAUGUAAGAUCUCUUACAAUAAAUACAUUAAACUGUAUAGCUUAUUGCUUAA